AUGGCUCCCCGCCGAGUUUCAACGGACGAAGUCGCUCGCCACUGUACCAUCGAUGACUGCUGGCUGGUCGUCGACAACCAAGUCUGGGAUGUCUCCGCCUUUGCCCCAAACCACCCCGGUGGUGCGGAGAUCAUUCUCCAGUAUGCGGGUCGCGAUGCCACGGUCGCCUACAAUGAAGUUCACAGCCCGGCCACCAUCGGCAGAGCUCUGCCGCCCACCCAACUGAUCGGCCAGCUGGACCCGUCUUCAAUCGACGAAACGUGGAGCCAGGACCUUAGGCCGCAGUCCAAACCUCACACGACCGAACGGCCUCUGAGCGCGAUUCUCAGCAGCUAUGACUUUGAGGAUGCAGCCCAUGAUGCUUUCUCGAAGAAAGCCUGGGCGUUUUAUUCGAGCGCCGCGACUGAUUUGAUCUCCUUCAAUGGCAACCAAUCUUUUUACCGGCGCAUCUGGAUGCGGCCGCGACUUCUUCGCAACGUGGCAGCCGUCAGCACGCAAGCUACCGUCCUGGGGGCAUCGUUUUCGCUACCUGUGGUUGCAGCGCCCGUUGCACUCGCCCGACUGGCAAAUCCCUGUGGCGAGAUGGGAAUUGCGGGUGCAGUGGCGAAGAAGAGGGUCGGAUACUGCAUUCCCAUCACUGCGUCUUUUUCCGCGGAAGAGAUCAUCGCGUCUGCGCCCGCAGAGUAUCCGUUUUUCUUCCAGCUGUACGUCAACAAGAGCCGCCCUUCAUCAGAGGCCAUACUUCGCCGAGUCUGGGAUCUUGGCAUUCGUACACUCUUCGUGACGAUUGAUACACCAACGCCGGGGAAGCGAGAGGCGGAUGAACGCGUGCGAUCAGAGGAGUCAAUCUCAAUGCCUAUGACGGGUACCUCUGCCAGUCAGGAUAUGAAGGGGAGUGGAAUCACUCGAACCACGGGCUCUUUCUUGGACGAUACCUUGUCCUGGAGUGAUCUCGCUUGGUUGCGUUCACAAUGGCGAGGAAAGCUGGUGCUCAAAGGAAUCCAGUCGGUUGAAGACGCGCUGAUGGCAGUAGAGGCGCAGGUGGACGGGAUCGUAUUGAGCAACCACGGCGGGCGAAACCUAGAUACGUCCCCUCCGGCAGUCCUGACUCUUCUUGAGCUGCGCCGACACUGUCCUCACGUUCUCCUCCAGACGGAGGUUCUGGUCGAUGGCGGCAUCCGGCGGGGAACUGACAUUCUGAAAGUCAUGUGUCUGGGAGCCCGGGCGGUGCUGAUCGGCAGGCCGAUGAUCUACGCCCUCGGUUAUGGGCAAGAGGGUGUGGAGCAUUUGAUUGAUCUCUUGACGUCGGAGCUUCAAGCGGCAAUGAAGCUGGUAGGCAUCACUGAUCUCUCUCAGGCGCACGGUGGCUUGCUCAAUACACAGGAUCUAGAGCACCUGGUAGUCCGAGAGCUGAGUGACUGCAAAGGUGCGCCACGGGCAAAAAUCUAA